GUAAUGAUACCUUCUUCUUACUAUACUAUAUACCAUAUCUAUAAAUUCAUUUUUGUGCAUUUGUCAUUUUGUUCACACCUCCAAUGUUGACCAAACAUUUCAAAAUCAACUCUUAAUCAUGCACUACCUUUUAUCCCAUUUUCCGACCAACAUGUUCACCGGAAAACAAUCCCUUUAUCUCAUUAUUCUGCUAAUAAACUUCAUACCAAUUUUUGUAACUUCACAAACACCAACCACAACUGAACUUAACACACUAUUGAAAAUAAAACAUCAAUGGGGUAACCCAAAAUCACUCAAUUCAUGGAACUCUACUUCCAUGCCAUGUAACUGGCCUGAAAUUGAAUGCUCAAAUGAUGGAAAAGUCACUGGAAUAUUACUUCAAGAAAAAGACAUAACUUCCCAAAUUCCAAGUUCCAUUUGUGAGCUAAAAAACCUUACUUUUCUCAAUCUUUCAUUGAAUUAUCUUCCUGGAAAAUUUCCAACUUUUCUAUACCACUGUUCCAAUCUUGAACAUUUAGACCUUUCUCAGAAUUUCUUUGUGGGAUCCAUUCCUGAGGAUAUUCACAAGCUUAAGAAACUCAAGUAUCUUAAUUUGGGUGGCAAUAACUUCACUGGAAAUAUCCCAUCAGCUAUUGGAAAUUUGACUGAGUUGGAGAGCUUGUACAUGCAUAUGAACUUGUUUGAUGGAACAUUUCCAGUUGAAAUUGGAAAUUUAAUGAAUCUUGAAAACUUGGGGUUGGCUUUUAAUGAGUUUUUUCCAGCAAGAAUACCAUUGGAAUUUGGGAAGUUGAAAAAAAUGAAGUAUUUUUGGAUGAGAGAUACGAAUUUGAUAGGUGAAAUACCUGAAAGUUUUGGAGAUUUUGAAAGUCUUGAGCAUAUUGAUUUGGCUUAUAAUAAUCUUGAAGGUGAAAUUCCAUCUGGAUUGUUUUUGUUGGAGAAUUUGACGUAUGUUUACUUGUAUAGGAAUCGGCUUUCGGGUUUGAUUCCUGAAACUUUUAAUUCUUCAAAGUUGAUUGAACUUGAUGUUUCUUCCAACAAUUUGACUGGGACAAUCCCUGAAAAUAUUGGAGAAUUGAAACAUUUGGAGAUUUUGAAUCUGUUUGCAAAUCAAUUGUAUGGAGCAAUUCCACAAAGCAUAGCCAACAUUCCAACUCUCAAGGAAAUCAAAGUGUUCAGGAAUAAGUUGAAUGGGAGUUUACCAGCUGAAAUGGGACUUCAUUCAAAGCUGGAAGCUUUUGAAGUUUCACUUAAUUCAUUCACUGGAAAAUUGCCAGAACAUUUGUGUGCUGGAGGAACUCUCUUUGGUGUGGUAGCUUAUGUUAACAAUUUAUCCGGUGAAAUACCAAAAUCACUGGAAACUUGUUCUACUUUACGUACAAUCCAGCUCUAUAAGAAUCAGUUUUCAGGCGAGAUUCCAUCUGGAGUUUGGACUUUGGUUAACAUGACAAGUUUGAUAUUGAGUGAUAACUCAUUGUCCGGGGAGCUACCGAGCAAAGUCGCAUCCAAUUUUACGCGAUUAGAGAUCAAUAACAACAAGUUUUCUGGUGAAAUUCCGGUGGGAAUAUCUUCUUGGGCUAGUUUAGUGGUACUUCUUGCAAAUAACAAUUCAUUUUCAGGUCAGAUUCCAGUGGAAUUGACUAGUCUUUCUUGGCUAACACGGCUAGAGCUUGAUGGUAAUUCGUUGUCCGGAGAAAUUCCAGCCAAUAUAAGAUCAUGGAAAUCUUUAGCAAUUUUGGAUCUUGCCAGGAACAAACUCUCUGGCAAGAUUCCAGCAGCUAUCGGUUUAGUCCCCGAUCUUGUUGCACUAGAUUUGUCUGAGAAUCAACUUUCAGGUCCAAUUUCACCUCAACUAGGUGUAAGAAGGAUCACUAGCCUUAACCUAUCUUCCAAUCAACUUACCGGAAAAAUCCCUGAUGCAUUUGCUAACCUAGCCUUUGAUAACAGUUUCUUGAACAAUCCCAGCCUUUGUGCUACUAACUCGCUUCCAUUUCUUCCGAGUUGCAAUGCCAAAGUCAGCGAUUCCAAAAGAUUGUCCCAUCGAAUUCUAGCCCUGAUUUUAGUCCUUGCAAUCGCUGUUUUCUUGUUUUCCGUUGUAUCGACCUUGUUCAUGGUUAGGGACUACAGGAGGAAGAAGCACAAGCGCGAUGUUGCAAGCUGGAAGUUAACUUCAUUCCAAAGGUUGGAUUUCACUGAGGCAAACAUUUUGUCUAGUUUGACAGAAAAUAACAUGAUUGGAAGCGGUGGAUCAGGUAAGGUGUACCAAAUUUCCGUUGGCAGACCAAAUGAAUAUGUUGCUGUGAAGAGGAUUUGGAGUGAUAGGAAAGUAGACUACAUUUUAGAAAGAGAAUUCUUGGCUGAGGUUCAGAUAUUGGGAUCUAUUAGACACUCCAAUAUAGUGAAGUUAUUGUGUUGUAUUUCAAGCGAGGAUUCGAAGUUGCUCGUUUAUGAGUACAUGGUAAAUCACAGUCUUGACAGAUGGCUUCAUGGAAAGAAGAGAAUUACCUUGAGUAAUAAAGUCAUGGAUUGGCCAAAAAGAUUGGAGAUUGCCAUUGGAGCUGCUCAAGGACUUUGCUAUAUGCACCAUGAUUGCUCUCCACCAAUCAUUCAUCGCGAUGUAAAAUCAAGCAAUAUCUUGUUGGAUUCUGAUUUCACGGCCAAAAUUGCUGAUUUCGGCUUAGCCAAGAUUUUAGAGAAGAAAGGAGAGCUAAACACCAUGUCUGCUGUUGCAGGUUCCUUUGGUUAUAUAGCUCCAGAGUAUGCUUAUACAACUAAAGUGAACGAGAAGAUCGAUAUCUAUAGUUUCGGAGUGGUCUUAUUGGAGCUAGUGACAGGAAGACAACCAAAUUCCGGGGAAGAGCAUACGAGCCUGGCAGAAUGGGCAUGGAAGCAGCACGGAGAAGAGAACAAUGCCAUCGAUAAUAUGUUAGAUACAGAUAUCAAGGAAGCAUGUUACUUGGAAGAAAUGAAGACUGUGUUCAGACUCGGGCUUAUAUGCACGAGCAACUUACCUACAAGCAGGCCUUCCAUGAAGGAGGUUCUGCAGAUACUUCAUCGAUGCAAGUUCUUUAGGAAUUCUGGAGGAAAAUCGCCAGAUCCAGAGUAUGAUGUUGCUCCCCUGCUUGGAAACAACAGCGAAAAGUAUAUUGCAAGCUACAAGCGUAUUAAUUCCAAUAAGGUAAUAGAUGAUAGCGAUGAUGGUCUAAUAAUUUCCAGUGUGUAAUAUUGGAAAUGGAGAUAGUCAGACAGUGGAAAAAUUGGCGAUAGAUGGAGAUGCCAAUGUAAUCUGAGUCCUUGUAUAAUGAUCAUAGGAUAUAGGUCCAUAGAAUAGUGCCACCAAGUGAGUUACAAGUUUGAGUAUGUACUAGGGAUAGAAAACUCCUAAUAAGAAUGUACUGUUUUUUCUAGUUUACUCUUGGAUUUUAACAGCUGUAUUAGUUCACUGCUUGUAGGUCAAGCAAAAUGCAUCAUUAACUUU